UUUUGAUUUUGUUCUAUUUCCAGUUGAUAUUUUUGUCAUGAUCACACAUCGUUCAUUAUACACCACUAGUUUACGGGUCACUCAUUGGAUUGUUAAGCUUCUUAGCAUAGCAUGAUGAAUCAUCGCUUUAACAUGACCAAGACCUGGACCAUGAUGAUGUUUCUAAGUUUCUUUCUUUACUCAUAGUUCGAUACCUGCUAAGAAAGCCUUGAUUUCAGUGAAGAUUCGAUUCUCUGGUGUAUAUGUAAUAAUAUAUUCAGUCCUCAACGUGAUUUCAUUGGACUGUGGAGUUGUGGCUAACCGUGCAAGUGUUAGUAGUACGAGGAAAGAUAAGAUUCGAGAACCAAUUCUGCAGACAUUGAUCCAAACAGACGACACUCUUAGAUGGAGUUGAAAACCUUCUCAUCCAUUUCAGUGUCUACAUUUGAAGUUGGAAGAUCUUCCUCCACUUCUCUGUCCAGUUUCAGGCUCAAAUUUGGAGUUCAAUUUUCUCCCCACUUUAAGUGCCACAGAGGGUUGUUUCUCAGGACUUGUUGUGCCUCGGAUGAGACUUAUUAUUUGGCAGAUAGAGCUGCUGCCAUUAGUUCAGCUUCUGCAGAAGCAAGUUCUCACUAUGUUAAUGGAGUAAAUGGCUCAAGUUCUUCAAGUUUCUAUUACAGAAAUCUUAGAGAGCUUCAUGCCUUUGAUGAUGAGUAUGGGGGAGUUAUCAUUGACCCACAUAGGUUACCAUCUGACCCCUAUUCCUUUGCACAAGUGCUAGGUUUAUCUCUUUAUCAGUGGAAAAAGAUGGGAAAGAAGGGAAUUUGGCUUAAGCUGCCAUUAGAAAAAUCUGACCUGGUUCCAAUUGCUGUGAAGGAAGGUUUUCAAUAUCACCAUGCUGAGCCAGGAUAUGUGAUGUUAACUUAUUGGAUUCCAGAAGGACCUUGCAUGCUUCCAUCGAAUGCGUCACAUCUAGUAGGAGUUGGAGGAUUUGUCAUCAAUGACAACAAUGAAGUGCUUGUAGUGCAAGAGAAACACUGUUCUCCAUCAAAUCUUGGCCUUUGGAAGAUGCCAACUGGAUUCAUUCAUGAGGCAGAGGAGAUAUAUGCAGGAGUUGUAAGAGAAGUGAAGGAAGAAACAGGGAUUGAAACUGAAUUUAUUGAAGUCAUAGCAUUCAGGCACGCGCAUAACGUGGCUUUUGAGAAAUCAGAUUUGUUCUUCAUCUGCAUGCUUAGACCCCUGUCAUCUAAAAUCAUUAUUGAUGAUCAUGAAAUUGAAGCUGCAAAGUGGAUGCCCCUGGUUGAGUUUGUAAAGCAACCACUCAUCCAAGAAGAUUCCAUGUUCAAGAAGAUCGUAGACAUCUUCGUUGCACGUCUCGGGAUGCGUUAUUGCGGCCUAUCAACUCAUCAGACAUUGUCCAAGUUUGAUGGAACAACAUCUUCCUUGUACUACAAUGUCAUGGAUAAUGAAAAUAUCAACUGUGUUGGAAAUUGAAGUGAAACCUCAAACAAGCACAGCACUUCGAAACAGAUAUAUCCCCCAUAUAAAAUGUAACAUAUAGUUGCAAUUUAAUUUCCAGAUGUAUAUAAAUAUUUUCAAUAACAACGUUCCUAAGGAACAUGUGUAGUGUGUUGACUGUGUUCCCUUACUUUUAUAGCUGAAAUAAAAAGUUAGCAUGUAUAUUUCAAGGUUAA